CACACACACUGUUGUGUCCAACACUAAGCAGAAUGGCAGCCAUACAGUAACUGAAUCCAGUCAAUAACAAGAGGGAAUUCUUCAUCACAGCCAUGUUCUCCACGGUGAUCUCCAACAGCUGUGCACUCUAUGGGGACUAUGGCAACUAUGGACCUCCCCCAUACCCCAGGAAGAAUAUCAGACCCAGAGCUUCACUUCGACACAACCCAUAUAACCCAUACAGGCCAUACCUGAGGAGGGUGGACACAAGAGUAUCUUUAGCCAAUCCCAAUAAAAUCUCCAGGACCACCAGUAGGGGGCAGUAUGUCACCAUGCCUGUUCACCAUCCAAAGCUGCAUCCACUGCCGGUCAGUCAGAGGAUCAUCCAAUCACAGCACAAAGCAAGACAGACCAGGAGUGCUGAGAGGUUCUCCAGUUAUGAUACAAGCUCCUGGAUUGAGAAAGGCUCUAGUAAACCUAAUAGAGGGAAGAAAACACAGAAUAAGGCCACAUCUUCUUCUUCCAAGAGUACAGGAGACAUAAGACACAAGAGUUCCAGUUCUAAUGGUCGCCAGCACCAUCGCUACUUCACCAAGAAUGGAAUGUGUCGUGGCUCAUCAUACAGUUCCAAGAACAAGAUGUGUGACCUGAUCGGCACCCUGGUGGAUCUGAAGUACAGCUGGAUCCUAUUUGUCUUCACCCUGUGCUACAUCGUCACCUGGGCAGCCUUCGCAGAGCUCUACUUCCUGGGUGCCUGGCUGCGUGGUGAUAUGGAACACAUACAAGACCCGCAAUGGCAGCCAUGCUUUGAGAAACUGGACAGUUUCCAUUCGGCCCUCUCUAUCUCCGUGGACAGCCAAAUCAUCAACGGCUACGGCUCUAGAGUGGCCUCAGCCAACUGCAUGGACGGGCUGGUUCUCAUGAUGGCACAGUCCAUCAUUGAAUCAGUGUUAGACACCCUGAUGCUGGGCUGCAUCCUGGCCAAGCUAGCCAGGCCUAAGAGGAGGCUGCCCACUCUGUUAUUCAGUCAGCACUGUGUGGUCUCUGAGAGGGAUGAGAGGCUGUGCCUGAUGUUCAACAUCAAGACUCUGAAAGAAACACACAUGCUGGUGGCAGAGAUAAGAGCCAAGCUGAUCAAAUCUCACCAUACCAAAGAGGGAGAGUUCAUCCUGUUGGAGCAGAGAGAGCUGACUCUGGGGAUGGGGCCAGAUGGAGCCAGGCUGUUCACAGUGGAGCCCCAGACCAUGGAGCAUGUCAUUGAUGAACAAAGUCCUCUCUGGGGCAUCAGCGCUGACUCUUUAGAGUGGGAUACCUUUGAAAUUGUGGUCAUGGUGGACGGAGCCGUUCAAGACGCAGGCACAGCCUUCCAUGUGAGGACCUCCUACACAGAAGAUGAGAUUUUUUGGGGACAGCGCUUUAAGUCACACAAGCCACUAGAAAAGAGGGGGAUUGGUUCCAAUCACAAGACCUCUGAUAAGAACUAUAAGGUCCAGACUGCCACACACAGUGACAGAGAGAUGGCAGUGAGACAAAGACAUGAGAGAUCUCCUGGACAUGACACAGACUCCGUCCCCUCCAACAUGCCUACAAGGAAAGUACAUUACCAGUAUUUAUCUGAUCAAAUGUUACUGUGCAACUCAGUCACUAAUAACAUUGGCAGAGGAACUAGGAAACUUAGUAAGAAUGAGUUCUUUAUAUAAAUAUUGACAUUUGACAUGUUGGCAUGGAAGUGUUCAUCAAAGUUUAUGAAAUCAAGCCACACUGUACAUAUCCAUGAGAAUGUUUAUACAAUGUAAAUAAACAAAUGCUGAUGACCAAUAUCUAAAGCUGCCAUUUAUACAUCUAAUUGAUCAAACUUUCUGAAUACUAAUUUGUAAACGUGAGAACAGCACUUGUGUGAUAUACAGUUACAAUUAUGCUGAUUGUAUUAGUUCUUAUUGGUCUCCUUACAGUAUGAGAGAAAUAACUAAAGGUAUCUCACUGCCCAUACAUCAAGCUCUCCCAAUUAAGAUUGAAAUUAUGAGUGUCAUUUAAUGAUUGUAUUGCCAUGUGCUGUGUCGAUUUGAUAAACGGACAAAUGAAUGUCAGUAUUACUGUCUAUUCACCAGCAAAGGAGAUAUCAAAUUCACAUACCAUCAUAGACUCUUGCCAAAGUUGAUAUUUAUGUCAAUUUACAGUAUGUGUUACAAUUCCCUUUAAUUAAUCCAUUAUGUUUUUUGAUGUAAACCCACACUCAUUCCCAGUCUGUAUGUCAACACACAGUAUUAGUCUGCCACAUCCACCUCAGGUCACAGUAUUCAGACAGACAGACGGACGGAGGGACGGACGUAUUAGAGUGGGUUUGAAUUGUACAUCAUUUAAUCUGACAGUGAUUCAGAUGAACCAAAGAGAUGCAGGCCGUUUCCGGGAUGCUGCUUGGACAGUCUGAGUGUAAGGAAUGUUUUCGCUGGCAGUUUUCCUCUUCACCUGGCUCUCCCCAGGCCUAAUCCCAUACCACGCCCAUGGGAGACAGUGCAUAUCAAAGGGACCUUCUGCUGGCUGCCAUUCUAGAUGGCAGAUUAAUUCUACAAUUUUUUAUUAGGAACACUUUGAUGUUCUCAACUUAAAUAGAUGAGACUGGAUUAAUUAAGCUUGCUGUAAGGUAGAAGAUACACUUACCCAUACUUAACUGUAAACAGAUGAAAAAGUCCAAAUUGUAUCAUGUUUUAAUUAACAUAUUUAUUUGUAUAUCCUUAUCAAAUAAAAUA